UGGAGGAACCAAAUCUAUAUUAUAAUGUAAUUUAUGUAUUUUUUUUCUUCCAUUCAGUUGCAUCAGAUUCUCUGGGAGACUUUCUGGACCAAUCCCUGGAAUUUUCUUGGCGUGCUUUUCCAGAAGUGGUUUGCCCUGGCCUCCUUCCUAAGGGGUUGUUGUGACUAACCCAAGGUGUACAUUUAACAAAGACACAAUAUAGAUCCCAGCUUGCACAUGAAUGAAUGGGAAAACCAUGGUGGCUUCCCCAAAACUAUCCUCCAUGAUCCGGUCUCCUCUUCAGCAUCCCUGAAAGAUGCCACCUCACCACGGCCAACUGACAGGUGACCAAUGGCCAACUCUCCAGCCAAACGGAACCUCGGACGUAAGAACACACUGAUGUCACAUAUCUGCAAUUCCAGGUGACUGAGUAUGGUCGACAUCCCUGAGCCAUAGAAAUGGAAUCUCAGAAGAAACAUAUCAAGUUUAUGGCUCAGAAAUACUUGGACAGCAGCCAGAAAGAGACACCUCAAACAUCACUCAUUUGUAAAAGGCAGGUACAAUCUUCCAGGGUUCAUCGAGGCACAGAAUCGAGGGGGACCCCCUUAUUCCCGGACAUUUACGGCGGAAAGAAAAACAAAGAAAAGGCACAAGGUCGGUUGCAGUUCGUACUGAAUACGGACAGUCCAGGACCAGCAGCUUACUCCCCUCCCACCAUGGCCUGCAGAGAAACCAUCGCCCCGUCCUACACAUUUGGCUGGAAGACUCCUCCUCGAGAAGGCGGAGGGCGUCGUGCGUGGCAAAAGUCUUGGUUCAUGAGCAAGAACCCUUUCUGGAGGAAAGUGGACUUCAACACCGAAACCAACUGGCCUUCUCCUUCGCAAUACGGUCAACUCUUAGGAACCAAACUUGGCACCCUGUCAAACACCCCGAACUUCACCUUCGGCCAAAGGGGCGAGUACUGUUUAACGAAGAAAGGCAUCCUAGACGAGCCAGGACCCAAUCAAUAUAACAUCGACCGGGCCUACACGUUGGUGCUUCACCGUCCACCGUCCAUCAUCAUCAACCCUGCCCCACUCACUCUGUACAAAUGGAUCGAAAAAGAGGAGACUCCUGGUCCGGGGGCUUACAACGUAGACAAAGGAUACAACGCUCGUCUGCCCAAGUGCCCAAGCUUCUACAUCCAAGGUGUGAGACGACCCAAGAAGCACGAAACGGGCCCGUUUUCGACGCUGUGAAGCUAGUGACAACGAAACCAGCCUUCCCGCUCCAUUUCUGCUGCUUGUAACAACUGUGGGCUGCUUGCGGUUAAUACAUGCUUGCAAAAAAACAAAAAAAACCCAUAAAAAGGCACCC